AUGGAUACCAAGUUUCCGCGGGUCUUUGAGAAAGAAGGAGAGUUUUUCUGCUUUGCGGGCCAAUCAAACCAAGCGGUAACCGCGUUUCCAAGGGAAAAUAUAUUGAAAAACGCCAAAGAGUUCUCGUCCAAGUAUUUGCAACAUAAACAAGAGAAAGGAGAGUUGCUUGAUAAAUGGAUUAUUAUGAAAGACUUACCUGGCGAGAUUGGGUUCGCGUUAGAUAUUCCAUGGUACGCAAGGUUGCCCCGAGUGGAGAGGAGAUUCUAUAUUGAGCAGUAUGGUGGAGAAAACGACGUUUGGAUUGGCAAGACCCUUUAUAGGAUGCCAUAUGUGAACAAUAAUGAAUAUCUGGAAUUAGCAAAACAAGACUACAACAAUUGCCAAACUUUGCAUCAACUCGAGUGGGACACUUUCCAAAAGUGGUAUGAAGAAAAUUGGUUAAGUGGUGUAGCGGCAGCUACAGCUAGCACAAGCAAUCUAUUGAUUCUGUGA